AUGAAGCUUAAAGAUGGAAAAGCUGCAGGUUCGAAUGGCAUAUCAGCUGAAUUUUAUAAGUAUGGGACACCAGAACUACUUACAAGGCUAGCUUUCAUAUUGAACAAUAUCAUGGAAACCGGGACUAUACCACAUGAAUUCAAGGAAUCGAUUAUUUUUCCGAUUCACAAGAAAGGAAACAUGGCCGAACCAGCUAAUUACAGAGGUAUAUCGUUCCUAAAUGCUUCAUACAAGAUAUUUACACUAAUACUACACAAACGAUUCAACGAAUGGAUUGAUAGCGACAAACUGCUGAAGGACUACCAGGCAGGAUUUAGAAGUGGAUAUUUAACGAUCGAUCAUAUUUUUACCCUUAGAUGUAUGGCUAAAACAUUCCUUCCUAAGAAAAAGAAGCUUUAUGCCUUCUUCGUGGAUUUUAAAGCUGCUUUCGAUAUGAUCGAUAGAAAGGCUCUAAUGUAUAAGCUAUAUAGUAAAGGUAUGUCAUGGAAGUUUGGAAGAGUCAUACAGAAUCUCUACGACGACACAACAAGUAAAGUAUGGAAUGGUGAAGCGCUUUCGGAAGAAUUCAAAACACAAUCGGGAGUCAGGCAAGUGUUCAUGUUCAUUGAUGAUCUGGUUGACAUUCUGCCAUGUGGAGUAGUGAUGUUUGCAGACGAUAUUGUUCUGUUGGCAGCCUCUUCUGAAUCAUUGCAGUUGAUGAUUAACCGAUUAUUCGAAUACUGUCGGGUUUGGAAUCUGAUAGUUAACCUUGACAAAUCCAAGGUUUUAAUAUUCAAAAGUGGAAGAGGCCGCAAAUGUGCAAACGAAAAAUGGCAUUAUAAUGGAGAAAAUAUAGAGGUUGUAACGGAAUUCAAAUAUCUAGGAGUUAUUUUCACGCAAAAUCUGAAGGAAAAAUUAAUGAAGGCAAAAUGCGCAAUCAGCGCUACAUGGAAUAGAUGCUUUCAUAACAAAAGUAUAGCACACAGCAGUAAAUUCAAAUUAUUUGAAGCGAUAUCAGCGUCAAUCCUUUUCUACGCAGCUCAGACAUGGGGUACAAGGCAGUACGAUACGGUGGAAAAACUUCUACGAUACUACUGCAAAAGAAUCUUCCAGCUUCCGCGUAGCACACCUAACUACGUUAUCAUGUUAGAAACAGGAAUCUCGCCAUUGUUCAUUCGAACAUUAAAAAUGCAAGUGGAUUAUGUCACGAAAGUCUUGAAGAUGGAUGAUAAUCGACUACCUAAAAUAGUAGCUCUUGAAGGCUUAAGGACAAAGACAAGUUGGUGCGCUGAUUGGUUGGAACUUGCUUCAGAAUGUGGGAUAGUCUUAAACCUGUGCAGUGAAGAAUUAGAAACUUUGCUUAAUCAACAGGAUCUAUCUACAGACAACUAUAUAGCCAAUUUAAAAUUUCGAGUCAACAUAUAA